AUGCACUUUCAACGAAGUCUAGUUGUUGGAUUAAUUGUAAUAUUGCAAAUUUCUUGUUACGAGCUGAAUAAGAAAAGGUUCCCGGAUCAUUUCAGAAUAGGACUUGCUACGUCAGCCUAUCAAGUUGAAGGGGGUUGGAACGAAGAUGGCAAAGGUGAAAACAUAUGGGACAGAUCGGUCCAUUCCAUACCGUCACCCAUAUUUAACAAAGAGACCGGAGAUAUAGCUUGCGAUUCAUAUCAUAAAUACAAAGAAGAUAUAAGACUACUCAAAAAUAUGGGCGUGGACCAUUAUCGUUUUUCCAUAUCGUGGUCCAGAAUAUUACCAACAGGAUACGCCAAUCAGAUCAACGAAGCUGGAGUAAAUUACUACAAAAAUUUAAUUAAAGAAAUACGAGCCAACGGGUUAGAACCAUUAGUAACAAUAUAUCACUGGGACCUCCCGCAACCAUUACAAGAUUUGGGGGGCUGGCCCAAUGAAUACAUAGUGGAUCUAUUCGAGGAAUAUGCCAGAGUGGCAUUUACCUUAUUUGGAGAUGAUGUAAAACAGUGGAUAACCAUAAACGAACCAAAACAAGUGUGCCAAGAGGCCUACGGUUCCGGAAUAAAAGCACCUUUUAUUAAGUCGCACGGACUUGCGGAAUACUUGUGUACUCACAACGUUAUUAAGGCGCAUGCCAAAGCAUGGCACUUGUACGAUGAUGAAUUUAGGAAUAAACAGAAAGGUCGCGUGGGCAUCGUUAUCGACACAUUUUGGAUGGAACCUGCAAGUGACAGCGAGGCCGAUAUUAAUGCAGCAGAACGACAGCUUCAAUUUAUUUUCGGUUGGUAUGCAAACCCAAUACUAAGAGGAGACUACCCAUGGCAGAUGAAGAAAUUCAUAGGAGAAAGAAGCGCCAAACAAGGUUUUAAAACGUCUCGUCUUCCAGAGUUUACCAAACAAGAAAUCGACUACAUAAACGGCACUAUAGAUUUCCUUGGAGUGAAUUACUACACAACCAAUAUGGUUAGCGAAAAAAACGAUACCGUUAGAAAUGAAGUUUCUUGGGAAGCUGACGCCGAAACUAUCAGAUUUGUCAAACCUGAAUGGCCAUUUUCGACCACUUGGUUAAGGGUCGUACCAUGGGGCAUUGGGAAAGUGAUGCAUUGGGUAAAAAAGACGUAUGGUGAUAUUCCUAUUUGGAUUACCGAAAAUGGCAUGGCUACUUAUGGAGAGAGCCUGGAAGAUGAUAACAGAAUCGAAUAUUAUCAGAAACAUUUGAGUUAUGUCCGAGAUGCAUUAGAGGAUGGUAUUAAUAUAAUUGGAUACACAGCAUGGAGUUUAAUGGAUAACUUUGAAUGGCAAGUUGGAUAUGACGAUAGAUUUGGAUUUUACCAUGUAGACUUCAAGUCGCCAAAUAGAACUAGAACACCCCGAAAAUCAGUUGGAUUUUAUAGACAAUUCGCUACAACUAGAUGCAUCGUUGAUAAAUCACAAUGUGUGGACGACAACCAUAUGGACAAUGUUCUGCGCUAUGUUUACCAAUCGGUAGCAGUGAAUAAUGGUCAUUAA